CAAGCGUUCCUUGUGUUUAGGAGACAUUCUUCUUUCCUGUGCCAUAGAAGAGGUUAGAAAUAGAACGAAGAAUGAUCCCCACGGAGCUAGUACCUACAUCUGGCUUGUUCUAGCAGGAGGAUUCUCCAAUGUACCUGCUCUACGCCUGUAUCUGGCACAUGGGUUUGAGAUCAUUGGUUUUUACGAAGUAGAAAGCGAGGUCUUAAUGGCAGUACGUAAUGUUGGUGACGAAAGCACACGUAGGGUUUUAAAGCAGGUGAAGGGCAAAUUGGAAAGCACUUUCCUUCUACCUGUCCUUAAGAAUGCUGCCGCUGUACAGCCAGCGAUAACAUGGAUGGCGCCCAAUGACAUUUUCGCACCCAGCAGCACCGGGGAAAGCCAAGACAGCCAAAGUACAGAGGUUUCUGGAGUGAAGUUAUUCUCGCAACAGUCUUCUGUAGCUACGGGAGAAGCAACGGCAGAAAACGAGUUGCAGGCUACAUCCAGCAGUAGCAAGCUCGAAACCCAGAUGGCGCGUCCUCACGAAACCCAGGAAGACCAAUUUUCGCACUCAGGAGUUUCUGACGAGGAAGUUAUCUGCGAACAAUCACUCGAAAUCCAUAUGGCGACUCCUCAAGAAUCCCAGGAAGACGAAAUCCAGAUGGCGACUCCUCAAGAAACCCAGGAAGACCAAUUUCCGCAUUCAGGAGUUUCUGAAGAGGAAGUUAUCUCCGAACAAUCACCUGCGGCUACAAAAGUAGGAGAAAACCCAGCAGAACAAGAAGAUGAAGAGGACGAGGAGGAAAGUGUAAGCGAGACGCCAAGCCAGCCAAAAAGAAGAAAAAGGGCAGAUGGUUCACUAAAACAAGGAGUAGCUAGAAUUGUCCGUGGUGAAACUCAAGAAGAUCUCGAGCGAUACGUGUCUAGCUUGGAGUUCAGGUCUUACAAAGACAAUUUGAAUAUCUUGCACGCGCAAAGCGUUUUAACAUGCGUGGAAGGAAUUCCGCAACAAGAAAUGAUACAAAACAUAGUAUCUAUGACUGAGAAAUUGAAGGGAGAUAUUUCCCAUCCUUUUCUGCAGCAAAUUCAAUUAGCUAGACAGCUUGAGAGCUUAAGCAAAAUUCGAGAUGAACAUAUCUUGAAUACUGCGAAGUGGCUGGUUGACGAAGGAAUGGUAUCGGCUUUUGGGCGAAUUGCAAUUAAGAUAGAUUCUAUAUCAACGCUACGAGUUUCUGGUCAACCUCUUGCCGGCAUAAAGAACUAA